CGUGAUCACGGCAACAUGGCUGCGGCAACUUGAGAAAUUUUGCAAGCAAUCACAAUUCAGUGUUUUGGACGAAAUACGUAUUUAUUUUCAGGAACUCAUCGGUUCUAUUAAACACCCACCUUUACGGAAGUUUGGAGUAGGAAGUAGGGGGACAGAACUUUACUACAUUGAAUGACAUUCCUCUUUCCUUCGGGAGAUAAUGAAGCUGCGUGUCCAGCUGCAGUGUAAGAAUUUGCAUGAAUAUUUAAGAGAGCUGAAUCCGGAGAUUUUGGACAGACUCUACAACCAUCCAGCAACAUGUCUGGCUGUCUACAGGGAGCUCCCCUCUCUGGCAAAGAAUUAUGUGAUGCGCAUGCUGUUCUUGGAUCAGCCUCUCCCCCAGGCAGCUGUGGCAUUGUGGGUAAAGAAAGAUGGUCAGAAGGAUCACGAUGAAUGUGUGUCAGUGUUGUCAGGGCUCCGGCUCUGGCACAGUCAGCAGCUGCAGGGCGGUCUGCAGGGAUACAUUUUAAAUCCGGUGUUCAAAGACAACCUGAGGACAGCUUUGCUUGGUGGAGGGCAAGCAUGGGCUGAUGAGGGGAGCACCCUGGGUCCUGACCGCCACGCACGAGACAUUGAGAGUCUUGACCGCUACGCUAUGGAGCGCUGGGAGAUCAUCCUGCAGUUCAUGGUGGGUUCUCCCAGUGCUGUCAGUCAGGACCUGGCACAGCUUUUGGUUCAAGCAGGCCUCAUGAAAAGUGAAGCAGGAGAAGCUCCGUAUAUCACCUCUUCUGGUUUCCAGUUCCUCCUACUGGACACAGCCUCUCAGCUAUGGUACUUCACCUUGCAGUACCUCAAAACUGCUCAGUCCAGAGGGAUGGAUCUGGUGGAAAUCUUGUCAUUCUUAUUCCAGCUCAGUUUCUCGACUCUGGGCAGAGAUUACUCAGUGGAGGGUAUGAGCGAGUCAUUACUUACUUUUCUGCAGCACCUGCGGGAGUUUGGACUGGUGUUCCAGAGAAAGAGGAAGUCAAGGCGAUAUUACCCCACCAGGCUGGCAAUCACUCUGGCUGCAGGAGUCACUACCAGCUCCUCCUCCUCUAACCUCGCUUCCAGUCCCGGUACUGGAGAUGCAGGCUUCAUUGUGGUGGAAACCAAUUAUCGUAUCUACGCCUAUACAAAUUCAGAACUUCAGAUUGCUCUGGUAGCUCUCUUCAGUGAAAUGCUCUACCGCUUCCCCAAUCUAGUUGUGGCCCAGCUGACGAGGGAGUCGGUGCAACAGGCCAUCGCCAACGGGAUCACUGCACAGCAGAUUAUCCACUUUUUAAGGACCAGAGCUCACCCUGUCAUGCUCACUCAGACCCCAGUGCUGCCUCCAACUAUAACAGACCAGAUCAGACUGUGGGAGCUGGAGCGAGAUCGGCUGCAGUUCACAGAGGGUGUGCUCUAUAACCAGUUCCUCUCCCAGGCUGACUUUGAGGUGCUGCGAGACAGAGCUCAGGGUCUGGGCUGUCUGGUGUGGCAGGAUGUGGCCCACAGAGUGAUGGUGGUGACACCGCAGGGACACAGCGAGGUCAAGAGGUUCUGGAAGCGACAGAGAUCUCACAUGUAGCUGGAGGAGAAGAAACGAGGAGCACUGGAGUAAGACCUGAGGACAGUUUCUGUGACAUCAGGGUUUUCUUGCUUUCCACCGUCUUCAUUGUUGUCAGUACUACAAAAAAGUGAGGAUGAUUGUGUAUGUUUUAUAAAAUGCUACCAUCCUUGUAUUAAAAUGAACAGUUUCUGCUCAUUCUUUCCAUUUUGAGUAGUUAUGUAAAUCCUGU